AUGUCCAGCUUUUCCCUUUUACCACUAUUUCGCAGACAUCAAAGCGACAAUGAAGCUAACCAUGACGUGCCCGAUGCCACGGAAAUGACACAGAUUGUAGACAUUGACCGGAUAUUGGCUCUCACAGACGCUCGGCAUACUCUACGUUCCUUAAGCAACAGCGACAACAGCGACAACGACGACGACGAUAGCAGCAUAAGCUCUAUACAUAAUAUGCAAGCGGCCGACAAGGAGUAUUACGACCCAUCCACCAAUGGAGGUCGCCGCCCUUACUUUGACGACGAGUUUGACGAAUCACGACAACGACUCGUUUCCGACAAUGACAUUGAACAUGGCGACCGUGAUGAAGACGACAACCAAAGUAUCGUGAGUCUAGAACGUGGCAAGCGCAAGGGCAAUGAAAAGUGGAUCUGUGCGGUCUUUCUCGCCAUCGUGCUUGUGGGUGGUAUCAUGUGGGGUCUAAGUUUUGCCCAGAUGGGCAAGGGAGAUGACCAACAAGCAUCCGAAGCAACUACACGCCAUAUCGAUUUCGAUGAUCUUUACAAUGAUUCCUUUGUUCCUUAUCGUCGUAGCCUUGUGUGGGUCGAAAAUGAUCCCCGCGAUGGUGUCUUCAGCUAUUUCGAUUGGGUCACUGGUGAUAUUCUAUUGGAAUCCGUAGAGGAUGGCACAAGUCGAGUACUAGUCAAGGCAUCCGAUUUGGUGAUUGACAAUGAGCAAUUGGAUGUAUCCAACUUUGAGAUAUCGGCGGAUGGAAAGUUUCUCAUGUUAUGGUCCAAUGUGACAAGUCAAUGGCGAUACUCCACCCGAUCCAAUGUCUACAUUUACAAGAUGAAUAACAAGGCCCUCUUCCCCCUUUCCGAUUUGUCCACUGUCGCCGAUACACCAAAGAUCGCUUAUGCAAAAUGGAGUCCCACAGGUCAUCGCGUGGCAUAUGUCAUGGAAAACGAUCUAUAUGUGUCCGACCUUGUGGAAUCGACUCGUGUUACAUUUGAUGGAUCAGCUACUGUAUUUAAUGGUGUGCCUGAUUGGGUAUAUGAAGAGGAGGUCUUUGGCACUGAUAACACCCUUUGGUGGUCACCUGAUUCUACCCAUUUGGCGUACCUACGUUUCAAUGAGACGGCUGUGCCUGAAUACAAUGUCCCAUUUUACACCGUGAGCAAUUCGAGCUAUCCCGUGGAGCUUAGUAUUAAGUAUCCCAAGGCUGGUAGCCCCAAUCCACUCGUUUCUCUUCACAUCCACUCAUUGAUCGACAAUGCUUCUUUCAUGAUCACCAAAAAUGCAACCGAACACUCGUCAGCAGAGACUGUGGGCGACCAUCAAGACUUUGAUGACGACGAUCGUUUGAUUACCGAUGUCACAUGGGCUUCUGACGACCACAGCCAUCUUUUAUUUAAGCAAAUGAAUCGUGUUCAAGAUCAUGAAAUUACCAGCCUUGUUACCAUUGGCUCGCCUUUGAACAAAACAACCGUGACACUCGCACGUAGCUAUCAGCCUAGUGAUGGAGGCUGGAUUGAAGUUUCGCAAUCCAUGGUCUAUGUCCCCAACAACAACAACAGCAGCAGCAACAGCACUCAAUACAUUGAUCUCGCUGAUAGUGAUGAAGGCUAUUUGCAUCUUGCCAUGUUUACAGCUGACAGCAAGAAAUCAGCGGACCCUCUUUGGCUCACCGCCGGUGAAUGGGAAGUUGUUCCAAACUCGGUUAUUAUGGAUGUGGAUAGGAAGUUAAUCCAUUUUAUUUCGACUGAGCGAUCACCCUUGGAACGACACUUGUAUACCAUAUCACUUGACAAUGCCGAUCCUGCAUCCACCAAGACAUGUCUUACGUGCCCUGAGGAUCCUGAGACACAUGGCUAUUAUUCAGCGUCCUUCUCACCUAAGGCUGGCUAUUACGUUUUGAACUAUGAUGGGCCCGAUAUCCCAACAACGGUUGUCAAGAGCGUUGAUGAUCCUAGUUUUGAAUCUGUGCUUGAAGACAACAGCGAUCUCAAGAAGCUUCUUCAGAAUUACAGCCUUCCAAGAUCGAGGAUGGUCACUGUAGAGAGUGGUGGUGUAGAAAUGAAUGCCGUUGAGAUCCUACCGCCCGAAUUUGAUGCCAGCAAAAAGUACCCUGUUGUAUUUAAUGUAUAUGGUGGCCCUGGUUCACAAACCGUAUCGUAUCAAUUCCAGCUCGAUUGGCACAUGUUUUUGGCAAGCAAGCUUCAAUUCAUUGUGGUGAUGGUGGAUGGCCGAGGUACUGGUUACCGAGGUCGUCAAUAUAGAACAGCUGUUCGCAAGCAUUUGGGUGACCUGGAAGUCAUUGAUCAAGUAAAUGCAGCCAAGCAUUGGGCCCAACUUGAUUAUGUGGAUCCCUAUCGCAUUGCCAUUUGGGGUUGGUCUUAUGGUGGUUACAUGGCAACCAAAAUUGCCGAAUCCAAUGAUGGCGUUUUUUCAACAGCUAUGGCAGUUGCACCUGUGACCGAUUGGCGCUUCUAUGAUUCUAUUUACACUGAGCGCUACAUGCUUACACCAGAACUGAAUCCUGAUGGUUAUACACAAAGUGCUGUGAACAACAUGACAGGCUUUGACCAUAUCAAGUACUUGCUUGCUCAUGGCACUGGUGAUGACAAUGUGCAUUUCCAACAUUCUGCAGUUCUCGUUGACAAGCUUACCCAAGCCGAUAUCCACAACUACCGUGUGCAGUUUUACCCCGAUAGCAACCAUCGUAUCAGCUACCAUAAUGCAAACCCCAACAUUUAUUACUUGCUCACUGACUUUUUAUGGGAAAGUUUUGGUGGCAGAGAUUACCUUCAUGUCCGCACUGAGACGCAUGGUCGAUUUUCAGGUCCUCUUCCCGAGCCCGCUUAA